AUGCAGUUGAUUCUGCAAGUAGCGUUUCUCGUUUCGGGAGCAAUGGGGCUUGAAGCCCCGUGCGAGGCCGGCCCAUACGGGGUCAGCUUCGCGUGUUUGGUGAGACGAGGCUACACCUUGGAUGCUUCGCUUGUCGAGCGGAUGGAGCAAGAGCUCCUUUCGGCACGGAUGCAGCUGGCAAACGCGGAAGCACGCCAAGAUCGCAAGGAAGCGCUGAUGCACCACGAGCCCAAGCCGUCAGGGGGCAUGCCUCGUCCUGCCACGCGCAGCCUUCGUGGACAGCAGCAUGUGCGCGAGCAGCGCCGUGCAGAACAUCGUCCGUCGCGUGCGAUUGGCUCUGUAAGCAUCAUGAAACGAGCAGACGCUCUGGGCCCGAUGAACAGGGCUGCGCGACAGUCUUUGGCGACGGCACGUUACUUUGCCGAAACCCUUGGCAAGAUGAGCCACAACAACGUGGUGAAACUCCUCACCGCGUUCAGUGACGGCAACAACUUCUGGCUCAUCACCCGCCACGCCGGCCUGGCUUUGCCACACGCGCCGAAGCUGCCCACCGUCUUCGAGGAUAUCAAACCCGACAACCUCACCCUGGAUGCCAACGUAGUCAAGAUCAUUGACUUCGGGCAGGGUGCCAUCCUCAUCCCAGGAAACUUCCGCUCGGCCGCUCGGCCCACCGCCAAGGAAGUGACCUCGAUUGCUCAGUGCCUCAGCGUAUCGGCGCAAGAAGCGCACGUCUGCUGA